AUGAGCGACUUGAAGCAAGCCGAGGAGCACAUGAAGGAGGCGCUGAGGAUGCAGAAAUCCGUCUAUGGUGGUGCCGACCACGUGAACGUUGCAGCCAAUUUGCGUGAGUGCUUCAAGGAGGAGUUGAAGAUGGUACAGUCCAUCUAUGGUGGCGCCGACCACGCGAACGUUGCAGCCACUCUGCAUGAGCUGGGCGUGUUGCUGAAGCAGAAAGGACGCCUGUGUCAAGCCGAGGAGCACCUGAAGAAGGCACUCAGGAUGGGGAAGUCCGUCUAUGGUGGCGCCGACCACGCGAACGUUGCAGCCACUCUGCGUGAGCUGGGCAUGUUGCAGAAGCAGAAAGGAGACCUGAAGCAAGCCGAGGAGCACCUGAAGGAG